UGUGCCCAGGUGUGCCGCCCUCCCUCACCAGCCCCCAGCAGCCCAGGUCGCCGCCGGCCGAGGAACUGACAUCCACUGGAAUGGGAACUAGUUUUUAAAAACCGGCAAGAAGAAACGGAGGAGCAGCCCGGGGCCUCCUGGCAUCUCCACGUGGAUGCUAAGGGCACCACACACUUAAAUCCGAAGUGGACCCUGGAGUCCCGCCCCGAAUUUUCUCGUGUCAGUAAAGGCAUCGCCAGCCACCCAGCGGUUCAGGACAGAAACCGUGAGUCCUUUCUUUGCCCAAAAGUGCGCUUGGUUUACUACGGAUGCGGGUCCAAGCCGUCCAGUUCCCCAUUCCUCCAUCCACCUAUCCCAGGCCCUGGUCACUGCUCCCGGAGUUGUUGCAACGGCUUCAAACUCCGGGCUUUUAUCCAUUUCCAAUCUUUUUUUUUUUUUCCUCAGAAACCAAAGUUUAAAAAAUGUUUUUUAUCCCCAUUCCCACCCAUAUCGUUUUGAAGCUCGUCCCAGACGUCUUACUACUUCCCUGAAGCACUGAGGCACCAUUGCGGGGUCUGCUGUGCAAAGCCCUGAAUAGAGGGGUGCAGGUGAGGCUGCCAGCAGGGGCCCUGCCAGACCCCCAUGAUCCUCCCGUGACCCCCACUGUUAGUACUCGAGACCCCAGUGACCCUUCCUGACUCUCAGCAUGGCUCCUGUGAGGACACCCAGGGGGCUCAGAGGUCCUGGUCUUUGGAUUCUCCUGAGGAAGCAGCCCAUGGUCAGGGAGGCCUCACCUCCACCCUGAUCAUCCCAGUGGGCCUGGAGGGCCGCCCUGCCCGUGGGCCCCAUGGAAGCCAGGAGCCAAGGGGUACUGCUGCUGGUGGGGAGGGUGCCCCCCGGGCCUGGCAGGGCCGUGGCCAGCCAGCUUGUUCACUGUGCUUGCAAGAUCAGAAGAUCUGGGACCUGCCACUGGUCCGACCACGCUGACUGCUGCCGCAAGGGGGGAGCCCAGGCUGCACAUCCAGCGACGGUGACCUGUUAGCUCCGGGAGGAGCUUCAGCAAAGAGGCAACGAGCACCUGCAGUGGGAAGCAGUGGGGGCACUGAAACCUCCUGGGUCUACAAACAUGACUUGUGUUUAUCUCUGAAAGAGGGAAUAACCAGUAAAAAAACAAAAAAGCGGUUGUCACUGCCAUCUCAUGGUGACUGCGUGUGUGUCCGAGUAGAACUGUGCUCCACAGGGUUUUCAGGGGCUGAGUUUUUGGACGUAGGUCUCCAGGUCCUUCUUUUGAGGUACCUCUGAGUGGGCUCGAAACUCCAACCUUUUGGUGAGUAGCCAAGCACGUUAACUGAUCACACCACCCCGGGAUUCCAGUACUGAUUGCCGAAAUCCAAACAGUAGUCCCACAAACCAAGUGGCAGGUGUGUCACAUGGCUCCACGAAGAACCCGCCAUGGGAAUCAGAUCCAAGAGGCUGAAUCACAGGGGUUUGAGCAGAGAAAACAAAAUACAUGAAGUAACAAAUUCGAGGAAAGCUUUUCUGAUUUAAAGAAAGACCCAUGUCUUUGGACUGAUACAAUUUUAUGUGUCCCAAGCAGGAUAACUUAAAAGAAAAAGAAGAUGACAAACACCUAAAGCCACCUGGGUGAACUAUCUGAAUUCCAGGGAUAGAGAGAAAUACCAACAGGGGCCAUGUCCACACUGCAGGUGGCGCCCCUGAGGAGACGGUCACUGAGGACGAGUCCUGGAAAGCCCAGCCUUGUGGAGACAGUGGCACCUGCCAUACUGCAAAGAUGAAUGGGUGACAGCACUAGACGGAUGGGAGAGGAGAGAGCUCCCAGCAGAGGAAAGAGAAGGAGAGCAGAGCCUGGGGUGUGGGCAGCGGUGUGUGUGAGUUUUCUCUCAGGAUAUACGAAGUAUCUCUCAUUGUUUCUUGGAAGAAGAGGUGUGCCAUGUGAUCUCAGGUUUGUCAAGAGCGUAAUGACUUGUUGUUUGAGACGCGUGCUCUUCCCUGGGUUGUUAGGAAUAUACCUCAGAUGACAAAGGAGUUAAGGGGUUUCCUUUGGAAGAUUGCUUUGAGUUGUGAGUCCAACUUCUUAGAAGAUAGCACUCUAAAGUCUCUCAGAUUCAGUGAAGAGCCCAUUUUUGAUCAUUUUCAAGAGACCACAAAGUGCUUAUAAUGUCUUAAGGCCUCCUGGGAGGAAAAUGAACAAAGCAAAUGGCAACUCUGAAUGCAGGCUCUCCGGGCCAGGAGGAAUGAGGGGCUCCCACACAGAACAUCUGUAAUGACAGCCACCCUGCCUUGCUCUGCUCAACGACUCCAGCUCCCAGCACCCCAGGCUCUUCUCUUUCCUCUGCCAGGAACUCUCUCCUCACCCGUCCAUCCCCUGUUGGUCACUCCUCUUUCAGUGCAGCCGGUGCCCCUGUCUCCAUAAAGCCGGUCUGGCCUCCUUGCUAACCUAGGUCUUGCUUCCCUGCAGCCUCCUAGUACCUCCUGUGGGUAUCUGUCACACUCCCCACAAUUUGUUUAUAGGUCCGUUUCCCCAACUAGAUCAAAAAUUCCUAAUUGACAAGGGGGCACAAUUAGAGAAUAAUUUUGGGGGGAUUUGUCACGUCUUUGGCAUCAGUAUUUCACUCAGCAGAUUGAGAUACUGCGAAAUCAAACCUGAAGUUGAUGUCUGGGAGGAGAUGCUUCCCAGAGAACGUGCAGCACACAGUAGCCAUUGAAUAGAUGUCUAGUGAAUGAACAGCUGUGUGUGUGGAGAUGAACGCAGACCGCCCAGAUGAGACCAAGCGGAAGCUCCUCAUUGGAACUUGGUCUAGCAGAGGGCCAGCCCCAUUACCAUGUUUGGCAGAGACCCACAGGUGGGCAGGGGGCUGGGAAGGCUUCCAGUGAGUAAAGGGAUGCUUCAGAUGUGCCCUGCUAGAGACUGGAGGUGUGGGGACCAUAUUUGGCUUUCUCUGCAGGUCUUGCAUUAGAAGCAGGGGCAAAAAAGAAGGCAACUGGCAGCUAUGAGCCAGGUCCAGGCCACUGUGGAUGGCUGCCAGGCCAUGGGUCAGAGUCCUGUUGUCAUACGUCAUCUGGCUGAGGUCCAUUUGUACAUUCAGUUCUCAUGGGGAGUGAUCAAAGACUUUCUCAUGGGGGUGAACACAGAACAGGUAGAAUAAAGGAAGCCGCCUUUAGAAGGAAGAGGCUCGGCUGGAGAUGAACCUCACUGACGCUGUUUUGCCUUGGGCGACUUGUGGGCCUCAGUCCUGUUAAGUCUGUGCUUUGGGGGUUGGCGUCUUUUCUGAGAGCAGCAGCCUUAGGAGCCACUCUCACGUCUAUCCAGAGGAGCAGGUGGGACCUGGGACAAAUAGAUAGGACCACUGGAACAUACACAGGAGCUGAGCAGAUGGCCUGUCCUGGGGGGCCCCUCCCACCACUGAUGCUGCUGCUGUUGCUGCCACCCCUGGUGCCACAGGCAUCCCUGGGCCACUUAAAGAAACAUUCCUACACACACAAGGGUAUCAGCGAGCCCUGCCAGGAGCACCUGGAGUGCCAGAGCCGGUGCUGUGUCACCAACAGCCUGAGCCCGCAGAAGUUCUGCACCCCACAGACCAUCUUCCUUCGCUGCCUGCCCUGGAGAAAGGUGCGUGUGGUCAGGGGGUGGCGGGACGAGGAGGAAGGAGGAGGUUGUCCUGGGGGCCCCGGAGGAAGGGCAGGGUUUUUGCCACCUGCAGCCCCUCGGGUACAGCUGCUUGGAGCACAAGGAGUGCCACAGCUCAUGCUGUGCCAUGACGGAGAACGCCAUGCAGAAGGUCUGCACUUCCAGGACCAUCUUCUUGCAAUGUAUACCUUGGCGCAAGCCAGACAUGGACUUCUGCAGCCACCACGACGACUGCAACAGCAGGUGCUGCAUCAGGCUGGUGGAGGGCGGCCACUACCGGUGCGUCCAGCAGAGUGGACUCAUCAGACAGUGCCUUCCCUUGGUUGACUAGAGAGUGCUGGUGCUACAAGGGUUGAGUGCUGGGCUGCUAACGGAAAGGUUGGUGGUUUAAACUCACCCAGCAGCUCAGGGAAGAAAGAACAGGUGGUCUCUUUCCAUAAUGAUUACAGAAAAGAAAAUCCUAUGGGGCAGCUCUACUCGGCCUCAUACAUGUGGUCACUAUGAGUCAGAGUCGACUCGAUGGCACCCAGCGAUGACAGGUUGGUUGUAACCUCCACGUCUGCUCCUCCUUUGUGGGUGCACAUUCUCCCAUAAACUGUCUAUUUUUGGUGUGCAGCGAAGAGGCUGACCUGGACCGUAGAGAUGUCAGUGCUGGAUGUGGUCAUGCCUGGGGCCAACUUGGGUGGAAGGUCUGCUCACGGUUCCUGCUGUCACUGGACUCUGAAAUAUAUGGGAGUUGAACCCAUCUGUGCUUGCUCUGAACUGUGGACUCCUCUAGGCCAAUUAAGUAAACUGCCUGUGCUCUGUGACAAGGAAGGCAGGUAUAGACAACCUAAUGACUAAACGUCAAUAAAAGUCACUCCUGCUUCACCAGCGUGGAUGGUCAAAGACAAUUCUUUACGCUGUGAAGCCAGAUUAAAGAGGUUGUUGGGGAGGGAAGGCCUUAAGGGAGGAAGACUCAGAGCCGAAGCCCCUCAGCCCUGUGAGCUCCCAGCAGCAAGAAGACGAGACUCCACCCUGAACAUGCCCCAGGCCAGGCACAAGCCAUGUGGGACUGACAGAGAGAGAGAGAGAGAGAAACUUCAGUCCAGACAGGGGAAAAAAUAAAAGUAGUAAGGAAGAGCGAGAGGUGUUAGUUUCCUGGUGUACUGUAUCUUAGGGACUGAGACCUCUCGGGCACGGCCAGUCCUGGAGGUGCCAUCAGCCAGGACUUUAUUGGUGUAAUAACGUGGUGGUGAGGAGAGUGGGGCUUGUGGGCACGUACUAUUUACGUCGGGGAAGAUGAGACCUAGUAAUGAGAACGGCAACCAGUUUGGGCAGCACUGCCCGGCCCGCACCCAGUUCUCACUGCAGUAGCACAGGGCUUAACACCUGCAGGGUGUGUGGCAAGCUGGGAGACCAGGCCACCCAGGCACACUGCCGGGCCCACCUUGGUGAGAGCCAGGCGGGGAGCAUGGAGCCCAGCCCUGGGUCAGGACUGGGGGGGCAAGAUCGCCCCCAGAGUGAGGAACGCUCUGUGUUAGAGCUGGAGGGACAGGGUUGAGGUGGAGCCUGGGCCAGCCUUUCAGAUUCCUAACUGGGGUGGGAAGAGGCACACUACGUGCUUCAACAGACAUUGGAGACAGAAAGAAGGGGCAGGGGGAGAGAGACAGAGAAAGAAUGAAAAAUACUCAGAAGUUUGUUCUUUGAAAACAGUAAUGAGUCUGAUGAGGGAGAGGAGCAACCAGUAAACAAAUGUGAAAGGGGACAAAAUCACAAAGGUUUUAAAAAAUUAUAGAAAAGACACAUGCAACGUCUAUACUAAUGCAUUCACAAUCUUCAGAACAAAGAUAAUUGCCCAGGAAAAUAUAUAAAUUGCCCAAAUUGUCUCUACAACUAGGUAGUAAAGCUGAAGAGACUGGCUACUUUUGAAAUUAAGAAGGUGUAAAGGUCAACAAGGACUCAGCCCAAGUUCCUGUCUCACGGAAGCGUCCGGUGAGAUGGCUGGUGUGUGCUCCGUGCCACAUCAAACAAGGAGCACGCAGAAUCGGAGCAGUGCAGGCCAACCUCACAGCAUAAAUGUGAUGUCCUCAAAAAGAUGCCAGCAAAACAGCUCUCAAGUUGCAUCUCCACGAGUCAUGAUUUCCCAUCAGGGUUCAGAAGUGGAGUAAAACCUGAUCAGGUGAUGGCUGCUCCCAGGGCCCAGCAAACCUUACAAGGCCAGCCUGGGCCUGGGGUCAUGGCCCCAGUCAGGGUCAGGUCCAUCCUCCAGGGCUGAACAAACCUGGGCCAGGCUGGCCCACAGCCCUGUGUGUGAAGGAGGAGGGUGCAAACCUCUGCAUGUCACCAUGUCCCUGUGUUCACCACGGGGCACCCCAACUCUGCUAGGUGCAGGUGCACGGUGCUGGGAAGGCGGAGAGCAAAGCCCGCCUCAAGGGGAUGCAUCAGCAAACAUGGUAAACGUGGCGAGCCCCAUGCAGAAGGUUAAAUGGGGCUCAAGAGGGCAGGUGGCUCGGGUGGGGGUUGAUGUCAGCUGGGGUGCGGGGAGGCCGCCAGGACAAGUGACCCAAGUCAGAAGCCAUCAUGCCGAGGCCAGAAGGGGGACAGUGUUUCAGGAGAGGGACUAUCAGGAGCAAAGGGCCUGGGGCAGAAGGGUAGGAACCUUCAAGAGAGAGGCAGAGGAAACCAAGAAGGCGGAGAUGGCAGCCAGGACUAAAGCCCAUGGUGCCCUCCUCGGGGACAGGUUUCUAACAGGGAGGGACUCCCCCGACGCAGCUGGCAGGCCUCUUGAGGCACAUCAGGGCUCCCUUCUCACACAAACGCCACACAAAACACGCAACCGCCGUUCAUCCAAAACCAAAGUUGUAUUUAUCCUCAGUGACUGACAUGGGGACAGAACGCUUAAGAGAACCGCGUCCACGGUGGGAAAGGGGCCUGAGGUCCCCAAGUGAACAGAGCCAACGGCUGCGGCUGGGAACUCCGUUGAGGCUCAGAAGCCCAGCACAGGCGCACGCCGUGGACACCAGGAGAUAGAAAAGGGGCUUCACAGCCGGACGUGGUGCUCGUGGGCUCAGGAACACAAAACUGGAAACCAAAAGGGGACUGGGAGCAGGUGUGGGGGAGCAGCAGAGACACAUCCGCAGACGCCUUCAUGUCGGAGAGAAAAUGUACAAACGUCUCUUUGUGACACACCUGUAGACUCCUGCACAUCUACCAUUCCACUGGUCUGCAAUACUGAUACCAAGAACACUGCCAGCGAACACAGGGGUCCACAGAGCGUCCCUGGCCCCAGCCGCGCGGUGUGUAGCUGGGCCCGUCAGCUGGGUCCAUCUCCACGAGGCGCUGCAGGUGCUGGGACAUUCCUGCGGGUGGGCGGGUGCUCGGCGUGGAACCCGCUCCUCCAAGGUCACGGAGACCUGCCUCGGGGAUUGCAUAGUCGAGUCGCUGCAGUUCAACUUCAGAGUGUUGCCAACUGACAGCGGGUGGGUUUUUUGUGACCAUGUUAAACAGAUAACCAGAGAGAUUUCUAGAAACUUCUUAUAAAGUCCACUAGGUUAAGAAUUUAAUAACAUCCUGUAUUUAUAUUAACAGACUAUUUACACUUGUUUUCUUAAAAAAAAAAAAAAAGAAACUUCUUACACUUUUGCAUAAAAGAAUAAGGCAAAAGACAAACUUUUGUACAUUAUGGUUAUUUCAAUACGUAUCUGUAGCUUCGUUUCCGAGUACCGGGAGGGCCAGGGCUGGCCUCACAGUGCGCUGGA